AUGUCAGGAAAAGCAUUAGUUGAAUAUUCGGAUCAAUUGAUGACGUAUUUUAAAAAAUAUGAUAUAAAAAUUUUUGAUUGUUCGCAGCAUGAAAAUCUUAAAGUCAUUGGAAGCGGAGGAUUUGCAGUUGUGUAUUCGACCAUUUUAGAAGGUGAAAAAUACGCUCUAAAAAGUUUAAAGAACAACUUAAGUUUGAAUCAUAAAGAAUUUAAACAAUUCCGACGUGAGAAAUUAUCAAUAGAAACUAUUGAAUUUAUAGCAAAUCCAAUUGAUAAUAAAAAAACACAAGAGUCUAAUAAUUCUUCAUAUAAUGCAAACUCCACUUCUACUGAUACAUUUGAAAAUUCAAAUUCAAAUAUUCAUAACGCUACCUCCUACAAUCCAAAUGAAUGCGAUUAUAGUCUUGCAAGUGAAAAUAAAAUUUCCAGUGAUCAUUCCAUAACGAUUCAGAUCGAUUUUAAGGAAUCUUCGGAACAGAAUCCUUAUCAGCAAAAGCAUGUUGAAUUACUUAAUGGAAAUUUGUUGAUAGAUUUACCUGUACUCACAAAUCUAUUAAUAAAUGCUCAUCAUAAAACAUCCAAGGAAUUCACACAUAUGAGAUAUACCGCUUGCACAAGCAAGCCAAGUGACUUUAAGAAAGAAAAUUUUACGCUCCGUCAAAUAGAAUAUAAUCCUCCAAGACAUACUGAACUAUUUAUCUUAAUAAAUAUACAUGGUGACGACGAAAUUCCGUUAUCCCACACUCUUUAUGGAAUCAUGGAAAAUAUUGCUUAUCUUUGUUCUAUCAAAGAUUGCAAAACAUGGGGUAAAGACGGGUGGAAAAAAAUCGUUGUAUGUAUAAUUUCAGUCGGCCGUAUUAAUGUUAAUAAACAUAUUUUAGCAUAUUUGACUGCUCUUGGUGUCUAUCAAAAUGAUAUUGCAAAAGCAAAGGUAGAUAAGAAAGCAGUUAAUGCACAUAUGUAUGAGUAUACAACUUCUAUUUCAAUCAAACAUUCUAAGGAUUCUGUUGAAAUGAAAAUGCAAGAUGAUGGAAUUGUUCCAACUCAAAUGCUUUAUUGUCUUACCGAAUGGAGUGAAAACGAUUCUUAUCAAUGGUUUCUUGAUGCAUUUUGUCCAAUACUUAACCCAAAAAUAUGUGUUUUUAUUGAUGCUGGUAUUAAACCAGGUUAUGGAUCUCUCUAUAAUUUAUGGAAGACAUUAUCCGUAAAUCCUCAAAUUGCCGGUGUUUGUGGAAAUAUAAGUUUCACAAAAGGUGUAAAGGGUGAAAAUAAGAUCAGAUUAUUAAACCCAAUAGUGGGUGCUCAAACUUUCAAUUAUGAAAGGUUAAAUGUUUUAGAUAAACAAUUUGAAUCAGCUUUUGGCUAUAUUACGCCUAUAUCUGAAUGUUUUUCUGCUUAUCAAUAUUCUGCACUUCAAAGUUCCAUUGAGCUUAAAUCUGCCAAUAAAUACACUCUUGAUUUUGAAUUAGUUACAAGACCUAAUCAUUCUUGGACAGUGCACUUUCAAAAAUCUAUACAGGCUGAAAUAGAUGGACCCGAAAAUUUAUGGGAGCUAAUUCUUCAACAAAAAUAUCCAGUUAAAGCAAAGCCAUUGGAUUUUGCCUAUCUUUUUGAAGAAAAUAUUGCUAAAGUUGUAGUGCCUAGUGAAAUUACUAUCAAUAAUAGAUAUAUUCAAGCUUGGAAUCAAUUAAAACGAACCAAUAAGAAAAA